AUGCUCCCCCAGCGCCAGAUCCUCCGCGCCGCGCCGCGCUUCGCCGCACAGCUGCGCGCUCCCGCCCAGCGUCGUCUUGCCAGCUCUGCCGGCGAGAAUGCCUUCAUCAGCGAGCGCCAGCACGCCAAGGAGCACGCCAGCGGCACCACUGGUCCGUCGCUCUCCAACCCCUUCCGAGAAACUCAAUUGCCCUUCGCCUGCAUUCCCGCCCUGGGCCUCGCCGGCUGGAACGCCUACUCCCUGUGGAACGAGCACUGGGAGCACUGGAGCCACAUGCCCCCUCUGGAGGAGCGCACUGAGUACUCUUACCAGAACAUUCGCACCAAGAACUUCUCUUGGGGCAACGGAGACAAGACCAUCUUCUGGAACGACGAUGUCAACUACCACAACAAGGACAAAUAA